AUGAUGAUUUACAUGGCCUUUGCUUCCCUCCAGAUCUUGCUGGUGCAGUCCAUCCCGGAAGGAGGCCCGAUGGGCAUGCUCAAUGGUGUUGCCCAAAUGCUGUCAUCGGGCACGCGGUCCAUCGCACCUACCUUCGCUUCUUCGCUCUUUUCCGUGUCGUUGCAACGUCAGCUUCUUGGCGGAAAUCUCGUCUAUCUCGUUCUCAUCAGUUUAGUCCUCGCCGGCAUUCAAGCUGCCAAAUUCCUUUCAAACCCGCCAGAGAAGAAGGAAAACAGGAGGUCGCAGCAGUCGACCGUUGAUGCUGACGGCCCUCUCUGGUUGACGGCCCUAUACACCUUCCGCACCCUUCCUUGGCUCAAUCACGCAAGCUCUUAUACCCCAUUCUCAUUGCGCACACCAAGCCUACUCCCACCUUUCCUGCCGGAGGAGGAUUACCCCCAGACAGUCGACCACGAAGAGCUCAAAGAUUACGCUCGCAAGCUGUUACAGUUCUCGAGAUACCAGGGUGAUAUAUCUGAAGAUCAUGUCGACGUCACCAACAGUCCGUACAACGAGCUCGACAUUGGUUUGCCUGGCAAUUGGAACGAAGACGACUUCAGCGCUACAUUCUUCUCCGGUGGAGACCUGGAGGGGGAGGAGUACGACGACCCAAGCGGCAUGGAGGACUACCGCGAACCGGACACGCCUUGCUCCCGCGGGAGCGUGAAUAUCUAUUCCUUGCGAAUUACUUACUACUCAGUCAAGUCACGGACGCUGCAAGUCACGACACGUGCCAAGUAUGUGCUGUCACGUCUCUGUCGGGCGUCGAGUCUCGACGUCGUCCACACCUCCCUUCUUCUUUGUGCUGCGAGUAACGACGAAGUUGAUAGACCUGCUCCACUCAAGGCCCAACCGGCAUCCGCGACUUUGUUGAGAGUUCCAACACCCUCGAAGGAGCGAAACGAUAAGGACGUCACACUGAGUUCUAGGAAGAUGGCGAGAGGACACCACCACCAUCACCACCAUGCCGCCUCGCCCGCAGCAUCGGCGCUGCCCAAAGUCGAGUUCGAGAUCGCCAAGGACGACGUGAUGAAGCUCCCCGCGGGCGUGCACGAGGCGGCGCCGAGGGCGUAUGGAUAUAACGACUUCUCCGAAUUUCGACGGCCGGACCACUACAUCCGGCACAUCGAGCCUCUCGAGAGCGACCUCGCAAAGCUCGUCGAGUAUGAUAUGGAUGAGCAAGACCAGGAAUGGCUCGAAGCUGUCAACGCGGACCGUAAGAAGGACCAAAUGGACAAGGUCUCGCUGGAGGUGUUCGAGAUUAUGAUGGACCGGUUGGAGAAGGAGUGGUUUGACUUGACGAAGAACAUACCGAAGCAGGACUUUGCGAUGCCCUCGGAGGACUCGACGUGUGCGGUCUGUGACGACUCGGAGGGCGAGAACAGUAACGCCAUCGUGUUCUGCGACGGGUGCAACCUGGCAGUGCACCAAGAAUGCUACGGCGUACCCUACAUCCCCGAGGGCCAGUGGCUCUGCCGCAAGUGUACCGUCUCACCUGAGAACCCCGUCUCGUGCAUGCUCUGCCCGAACGAGGGCGGCGCGUUCAAGCAGACCACGCACGGGGACUGGGUGCACCUCCUCUGCGCGAUCUGGAUCCCUGAGACGCGCGUCGCGAACGAUGUGUUCAUGGAGCCGAUUACGGGUGCGGAUAGGAUCUCGAAGCAGCGGUGGAAGCUGAGAUGCAGUGUGUGUGAGGUCAGGGCGGGGGCGUGCAUACAGUGUACGAAGCCGUCGUGCUUUGUGGCGUUCCAUGCGACGUGUGCGAGGAAGGAGAAGCUGCUGAUGCCGAUGAAGAGUGCGCAGGGUGCGGAACCGGCCUCGCUGAUGUGUUUCUGUGACCGUCAUCUUCCUCAAGAACAACAAGACGCCCGCCAGGCCGCGCUAGAAGCCGAAGAGGAGCAAGAAGCCAAUCUACCCCCCGCCGCACAGUCCAAGUCCGCCCGGGCAUACGCGAAGACGUACAAGCCCGGCCCGCCACUCGUGCCCGCCCUCAUCGUGGACAGGAUCAUGGAGCACACAUAUAGGAUCCGCCUGCGCAAGAAGCUCGAGUUCGUACAGCAGCUCUGCCGGUACUGGGGCUUGAAGAGGGAGGCGAGGCGCGGGGCGCCGCUGUUGAAGCGGCUGCAUUUGGAGCCGUGGACGGCGAGCUCGGCGGCGAAGGUGUUGAGUCGGGAGGAGAGGCUAAUGAGGUUGGAUCAAUUGCAACGGCUGCGACAGGACCUCGUCUGUGUGCGAGAGAUGACAGAGCUGUCCAAGAGACGAGAGUCGAGAAAGAUGAGGCAGGUCGAGAUCGUCUGUGAGGUCCUCAUGGAGGCCUUCUUCCCGCAUGUUGGAGCGAUGCGGAUAGUGUUCGACAAGAUCGUCGCCAUGGACAAGUCAGAUCAUUUCAAAAUGCCCGUCUCGAAACGGGAUGUGCCAGAUUACUUCGACGUCAUCAAGAAACCGAUGUGUUGGGACAUCAUCGACGCCAUGUUGGAGCAGAAUCGGUAUUGGGAUCUGCAGAACUUCUUGGACGACGUCAAUCUGGUAUUGGACAACGCUCUGCUGUAUAACAAAUCUGGCUCGCCCUUCUACAGGCUCGCGACGAGGAUACACAAAGAUUCCAGGCCACUUUUGGCGAGUCUCGAAAAAUGGCGUGUCGCUCAUCCUCCUGUGCCAUCAGCCUCGAAAUCCAUGCCAAAUGGACAGCACCACACGCCUACAGGGCCUGAAAACGAGGGGGAGAACGCCGAAGCAGAGCAGGCAAAAUUUGAAGACGGAGAAAUUGACCCACCACAACCGCUGGUGGGCGACCUCGAGCCUCCGAUGGCCAUUCUCGAGCUUCUGCUGUCCCCUGCAGGGAUUGCGGCCGACCUUAAUAUUGAGCUCGAGGGUGCACCGAUCGAGUCGCUGUUCAACUAUGAGCUGGCACGCGUCAAGCCACCGCCGCCCGACUCUCCGACCGUCAUGCCCGUACCGUCUCCAGAGAAGAUGGAGCAGAAGGAGCAGGCGGCGAAGAAUAAGGCGAGUAGGACAAAGAAGCCGAAGAAGGAGCGAGACCGGAAGGCAGAGGCGAGAGCCAGGGCGGAAGCGGCUGCUGCUGCUACCGUAGAAGCUGCAAAAGCUCAGCAAGACAAGGGCGAAAAGGCUGUUGAGGCUGAUGACGAGGGUGAAGACGAGGAGCAGGAAGGCAGAGGCAACGAGAUGGAAAGGCCGAGAGAGGAUAGGAGUAGGGACAGAGGACGAGACCGCGAGCUGCAGGCUGCGUUGGAUGCCUCUGCUGGGUUCCGAGCUCCUCGGACUAGGAGUGCCUUGGCCGCAGCUGCCGCCUUCGAGGCGGAAGCGACUCGCGGGUCCUCUCCAGUCGCCAGCCCCUCCGUAAUCGCUCUUCCACGUCCAGCUCUGCCUCUUACCGUUCAGGACGCCGUUGCUUCCUCGACGUCAACCCCAGCCAACUCAGAAUCGCCGGGCUCGAAACCGGUCAGCAAGUCGAAGAAACGGCCGUCCAUCGUCACGAUGGGCCAGCCAGGCUCGCCUCGGGUGGUCAGCGAUGUGGAUAACCGAGAUUCAUUCAGUUUGUUCAACGCUGGAUGGAUUCUGCCUCCGGACCAGAAGAGAGGAGGAAGGACGUCUGCUGCUGAUAGGGAUCGGCAGCAGCAGCAGCAGGUGCUGUCUCCGCCCAGGAAGAAGCAGAAAAUUGACCGCCCUGCUUCGAGGUUGUCGGUUGUUAGUACGGCUGCAUCGGACAACCAGACGCUGAGAAGGACGCCUCCGUUCUCUUCUGAUCCGCCUGAGAUGAAGCACCAUCCAGAGGACACGAUGGAUGUGCCCAUGGACGUCGACGCACCAGAGGACUACCAUGGCGAAGCUUCUGCAGGAAGGCAAUACUCUUCGGAUGAGUUCGAGGUCGAUGAGGUCAAUGGCCCACACCAUGUUGUCACUCUGCCCAACGGGGACAUCAUCAUCGAAAAGCUGGAUACCCCUGCCAUUCGGAGGGAAAAGAGUAUGCGGAAGAAGGUCGAGAAACAGCAGAAGCAGGCUGUGCUUACUGCUGUUGUCGAUCCUGGCACUGGUGUUCCAGACGAGUUUCUUCUGGCCAGCAACGUCCCACAAAGCAAAGGCAAGGAAAGACAGCUCGAGCACGAGGAAGACUUGUCAGCUGCACUAUUACCAUCGGCCGACGACACAGAAGAAGACAAAAAUGCCGGGGCGGGCCACGACGGCGAUGAAUCAGAGUUGAGUGAAUUGAGUGACGAGACUGAGGACGAGGACGCUAUUGGAGACGAGGAAGUCAAGGAAGUCAAGGAAGAGAAGAAGAAACCACCGCCUAAGAAGAUCCCGGCACCGAGAGCCCCGAGACCUAAAAGAACGAAGAAACCACCAAGGGUGGAGCAGUUCGAGGAUGGUACGAUAGUCUGGGCAAAAUCGGAAUCCUUUCCUUGGUGGCCAGCGGUUGUCUAUGCCAACGAGAACGAUGCCGUCCCACAGAAUAUUCUUGAAGCCCAUAGAAUCAAACGUCAGAAACGCAAAAUUAAAUUGUUCAUCGUACAAUUCUACGACAAACAAAAGUCCUGGCAAAGCGUUGCGCGAGAUAAGCUUCAAUUGCUUGGCGAAGACUCCAAACUGGACCAGCAGAUGCUCUCAUCUACAUCCACUUUGCAGAAAUGGAAAACCCCUGCGUCCAAGAAGGAAUGCCGUGAAGCGUACAGACAAGCAUUCGCAGACAUGGAUCACGGCAGCCGUACCGAAGGAACCUUCAAGCUUGCAGACGACAGCGAUGACCACUGA